GUGCUGAUAGAAUCGGCUCAGAUGGGAUCGGACUGUAUUAUCCUUUUAAAGCUCAUAUGCUAUAGCGCCUUGUUACGCGGACAGGACGCGCUAGAGUUUGGACUGGUAGCGGAGAAAAGACGUGGAUGUAACCGCGGCCUACUGUAUUCAGAAGAACUCAUUUAAGUAUUUGUGAACAUGGCAGAUGAUCCUCAGAGGAACUUCAGAUCAGCAUAUUACGAGAAGGUUGGCUUCAGGGGUGUGGAAGAAAAGAAGUCACUUGAAAUUCUCCUAAAGGAUAAUCCUCUUGAUGUAGAGAAGUUAAGUACGUUCAGUCAGCGAUUUCCGUUACCCUCCAUGUACAGGAUCCAUGUAUGGAAAGUUCUACUUGGUAUCCUGCCUCCACACAGCGAUUCUCAUAUGCUGGUAGCAAGAUACAGACAAGAGCAGUAUGAGGAUGUGAAAGAAGCUCUUCUGACCAUGCGCUUUGUGCACACAGCUACACCACACACUGAACUCUACCUCCGCAUGUACCAGCUGGAGAAUCAGCAGUUGCCGUGCCGAUCAGCGCUCACACAUCCUGGUGAAGAAGAUAAAGAUUUUUUGGCUAUUGCCAGGGUGAUGGUGGAGAUUGUAGAUGAUCCAGUGGACUGCUACUGGCUCAUAAAGUGCUUUGUCAACCAGUUUAACCAGAAGUUUGGUGACUCUAUACCUCACUUGCCCAAGAGUUUGGAGCAUUUUCUUUCCCAGGAGGACAGUCGUCUUCUGACCCAUCUGAAGGGAACAGGCAGUCUGGCUGUACUGCCCUACUCGCUCUGGUUCAGACGCUGUUUUGCCAGCUGCUUGCCAGAGUCCAGUCUACAGAGAGUUUGGGACAAAGUGAUCAGCGGCUCCUGUAAAAUCCUAGUUUUUGUUGCUUUGGAGGUUCUGCUGAGCUACAAGAUCAAGUUAAUGGGAAUGAGUCGACCAGAAGCUGUGGUUAAUUUCCUCAGCAAUAUGCCGCAGGAGAACACAGAUGCCAUAGUGACCAAAGCCAUUGAUCUGUGGCACAAAUACUGUGGAACUCCCAUGCACUCUGUUUAACGCCUACUCAGUUGGAUUAACACCCAUGAACAUGUCUUUUCUGAGGAUUGUGUGGUGUUGGUAACUUUCAGACUGUCUUGAUAUGGGACAAGCAGGGAAUUCUAUAACACAAACAGCGACUAUGGUCCUGUCUGGUGAUAUGACUCCGACUGUGGUCCUGUCUGGUGAUAUGACCCCAACUGUGGUCCUGUCUGGUGAUAUGACCAAACAACAAGAAACAGAUGAGAUGCCAAGUUCAGAUUAAAGCUCCCUUAACUUCAUCUUUUACUUUAAAGGUCUCUUUUUAAUAAAUGUUCUUUACAUGAGAAACUGCAUACAUUGUCCAGAGAACAAAGGAAGGUCAGAAGACAUGCACCUCCUCCUUUCAUUGAAUCUCUCAGCCAAUAGCAGCAGAGGAGAAGAGCAUUACAUUAAGACUUGGAAACAAAAUACAUCCGUCAAAACACGUCGUACACAUGGACUCACACAUUCUCCAGUGCUGUGCUUAUCGUCUUCAGUUUGUCAAUUAAAAUAUUGAACAUGUUUAAAGAUUUGAGAUGCACCUUGUGUAUCUGUAAUAUUGUGAAAAACAUGAACAUUAAAAAUGAUUCUGUUUGA